GUGGUCCACGCCGCCGCGGACAGCUUCCUGAGCGCGAUCCCGCUCCGCAGAGCCCGCACAGCCCGCAGGAGAGUCCGCCCCGCAUGGAGCUGAGCCCGGAGCCUGCGGCGGCAGCAGCGCUGGACAUGCCGCAGAGCCAGGAGGACGACGGGCCCCUCACCGGCGACGGAGACUACGACAGCCUGCCGCCCGACGUGUCGGUGGCGACCCACAUGACAGCCGGAGCCGUGGCCGGGAUCCUGGAGCACACGGUGAUGUACCCGGUGGACUCCGUGAAGACCAGGAUGCAGAGCCUGCAGCCAGACCCGAACGCACAGUACAGGAGUGUGUAUGGGGCUCUGAAACGGAUCAUUCGGACAGAGGGGGUCUUCAGGCCUCUGAGGGGCCUCAACAUCACCAUGAUGGGAGCGGGGCCGGCCCACGCGCUCUACUUCGCCUGCUACGAGCGGGUCAAACGCUCACUCAGUGACGUCAUUCAGAGUGGAGGCAACAGCCAUUUAGCCAACGGUCUGGCAGGUAGUGUGGCCACCGUGCUCCAUGAUGCAGUCAUGAACCCAGCUGAAGUGGUAAAGCAGCGGAUGCAAAUGUACAACUCUCCAUAUCGAGGACUGUGGGACUGUGUUCAAACGAUAACGCGGACCGAAGGCAUGGGAGCGUUCUACCGCAGCUACAGCAUGCAGCUGACCAUGAACAUCCCCUUCCAGGCCGUUCACUUCAUCACCUACGAGCUGAUGCAGGAGCAGUUAAACCCCCACAGACAUUACCACCCUGGCAGCCACAUAGUGUCGGGGGCAGCGGCGGGAGCCAUUUCUGCGGCGAUAACCACUCCGCUCGACGUUUGUAAAACGCUGCUCAACACGCAAGAGAAUGUAGCGCUGAACUCCAUGAAAAUCAGCGGCCACUUAACAGGGAUGGCCAACACCUUCAGGACAGUGUACCGGCUUGGCGGAAUGGCGGCCUUCUUCAAAGGGGUCCAAGCAAGGAUUAUAUACCAGAUGCCCUCCACCGCCAUCGCCUGGUCCGUGUACGAGUUCUUUAAGUACUUCCUGACGAAGCAGUAGCAGGAACAACAGGCAGGACCCUGCUGUCAUGGAAAAUGUCCUGGAGCAACCCACACCUAGACCGAUGAAAGAUUUGCCCAACCUGAAGCUGUGUGAGCUCAAUGUAUUGUUUCCACUGUGGAGGAAGUAACAUCAGUUAUUGUCUCACAGGGAAGUCACUGUGGUGCAGAGAACAACACUUCUUAGUUCCCAUUUACUCACGUCCGUGUGUGUUUUUGAGUUAGGAUGAUGUUUCACGAGGAGGAGAUGACGAUUGUUAACAACAGACCUAGAAACAGAAGAGUUUCUACUUCUUCCUCCUCCACAGUCCCAUCGACCACAACUCUCCAGUCCCUCCUCUCUACAUGUGCUGACCAUAUAAUGAAGUUGUCCCGACUGAUGUUUAUAGUUCUUAAUAUUGGAGCUUUCUUAUUUAUUUUGUUAGCUUUCCGAGGCCUGUAUUUUAAGGAUGUUUGUUUUGUUUCAUGGAGUAUUUAUAAAGAACCAUUACAACACAUUCCUUAUUUCCACUCCACAGUGGAAAGUACAUCAGCGCUUUUAAAGUGCCUCAUAAAUAUUAAAUGCUGUUUUUUUCCCUUUCUAUCUCAUGCACCUGAUUUUGACAUCUUUCCACAUUUCGUUUUCGUUUGGUCCAAGUCUUAUCAAAAUAAGAUAAGAUUAUGAUCUUAUUGUGGCUCUUUGUCACGAAUGGUCAACCUUUUGUCACCGUAGGCCGCAACGGUCUGUUAUUUUGUUUGCCUUGUUAAAGUGAAGAACUACAACACUCCAAAAUCACGCACAAUAAUCUGUUGCAGAAAGAAGGCAGCUUUUUUAUAUGUAUUCAAACACCUGAAUAUAUAUUUUAGGGUGACUACUUCUGAGAGAAACUUCAUUAUGCAGGUCCACGGGUGGAUCAAGUUACUUGAUCUGGCGGAAAUGUCUCGUGCAGUUAUACUGUGAUGUUUAUAUGUAUAAAUAAUAAUGACUUUUCAAGGUUGUAGAUUGUAUAUAUAAUAUUUUUCAGAGUAUAAGUUUAGCUGAAAGUUAAAAUGAACACUUGGUUUGAUCAAAACUUUAAGUGAUUGAUUUUGAUUUUGAGGACUGACCAGUGACGUCAGGCGCUCUUGUUACCAUGAGACCGAGCCUGAUCUCAUCAGCUGGUGAGCAGGCAGCGUCAUUUCUUUUAUUUCCACUCGUCCUGUUGAACUUACAUAUUUCCUCUGUGCUCACUGCUCACUCCAGCCAAUUGUCUAUUUUUGAUACAGGAGUCAAGACAUUCCACCAGAUAUUGAUGUGAUCCAGCAAGCGGCCAGAUUUAUUUGUUUUUAAUUAUGGAGGUUUUCUUUUUCUUUCUUACUGUUGAAAAGUUCAGAGAGUUUGUCAGAUUCCAGUGGAGUCACAUACCCGUUAGCAACAGAUUCUUCUUGCUUCUCCACGUGGGUAGUUAUUAAUAUACCAAAGACGUGCAUUCUAUUCUACACAUAACAUUUUGAACCUAUAAUCCCGAUGCUGCGUGCCUCUCGCUGCGAAUUGUCCUUCCACGUUCACCACCACAUAGCUUCCUCUUCAGUAUCUGUCAGUUCUGUCUUUAUGCUUUUGGAGCUUGUUGGACGGAAAGAAAAAUCUUUUCUACCGUCACAUUUUUCAUUCUCCGACAAGUUUCACUAAUGACUCCAAAAACUGUGGAAAAUUAAUGAUCUUAUGAAUAUUUUGGAAAGAUUUCAGUAACUUUCGAAAAUUACAUUGAGAGCUAAUUAUUGACAGUUAUUUUCUUUUUGACUAGGCUUAUGAACUGCUUAUAUUGAAGUUACACGUGCAAUAUGAAUUUCACAUGAAAGGAUACGAUGUUAAACUUGAAUUAUAAAAGUGGCUUUAUUAGCAUUUAGCUUCAUGAAGCAGUUUUGUUCUCAAAGUAUCUAAUCACAGUAACAGUACAUUUGUCCACAUUGUGUUUUCACAGUUGGAUCCACUGACAAACAUCAACUCAUCCCAUGUUAAUCUCAUGAUCAGCAACAGGACAAUUCAGUCAGAAUAGGUUUUGAUUUAUGCUUUAUGCCUUUAGUCAAUGCUGCAUUAUUCCUUUAAGGUGUCGGUGCAGAAAAGAGAAUUAUUCCCCAACUGUGUGUCCAUGUGCUUUUAACAUGUUAAAUCAGUGUUUCUAAUGUAUCCUUACAUCUUAAAGAAGAUAGGAGAGCUCAUAUUCUAUGUGGGGAUUUUCAUGAUGUAAAUAUGUAUACGCUAAUUACGCACAAAAGAUAAGAAAUGGGAGCUGGGGUUGUUUUUUUUUCUGCUGAGUUCCAUCUCCAGAGGAGGAGUGUUUAGAAGUUUGACCAUGCAAAUAUGAAAUGAUUGUAAUAAUGCUGCUACAGUAUGUAACACUGGAGCUGAAAUAAACAUGCAA